AUGUUUGCUCGCGUCACUUCACUCACUGCUUUGACGCUACGUCGCACUUACUCGUCAGCAACUUUUGGUAACCAGAAAGUGACCGUGCUGGGUGCCGCGGGAGGUAUCGGCCAACCCAUGUCAUUGUUGCUCAAGGAUUGCGACCAUAUCAAACAUCUGAGUCUUUUUGACGUGGUAAACACACCCGGUGUGGCCGCGGAUAUUGGUCAUAUUAACACACACGCCAAGGUGACGGGCCAUGUGGGUAUGGAGGAGGUGGGUGAGGCUCUUCAGGGCACUGACGUCGUGGUCAUCCCGGCUGGCGUGCCUCGCAAGCCUGGCAUGACGCGCGAUGACCUGUUCAACACGAACGCCGGCAUUGUACAGUCGCUGGCCGAGGCCGCUGCUAAGCACUGCCCCAAUGCCAUGAUGCUUAUCAUUGCCAAUCCUGUCAACUCGACCGUGCCUAUCGUAGCUGAGACUUUUAAGAAGGCAGGCGUGUACGACCCGAAACGCCUCUUUGGCGUCACGACGCUGGACGUUGUUCGCGCCGCGUCUUUUGUGGCUGAGAACCAAAAGUGGAACCCACGCGACACUAAUGUCAAGGUCAUUGGUGGUCACGCUGGCACCACCAUUCUGCCACUACUGUCGCAGCUUGAGAAUGCCAAGUUUUCGGACGAGGAUAUCGCCAAGCUCACCCACCGCAUCCAAUUUGGCGGCGAUGAGGUCGUGCAAGCCAAGAACGGCGCGGGGUCAGCCACACUUUCGAUGGCGUACGCCGGUGCACGCUUCACUGUACGUCUGCUGGAUGCCAUGAAUGGUGCCAAGGACGUCGUCGAGUGCUCGUACACGCAGAACAACGUGACCAAGCUGCCAUUUUUCUCGACACCCGUGACGCUCGGCCCUAACGGUGUGGAAAAGGUGCACCAUUUUGGUGAGCUCUCGUCUGUGGAGCAGGUCAACUUUGACGAGAUGAUUGGGGCUCUUGAGGGUCAGAUCAAGAAGGGUGUGGACUUUGUCAAUCAGAACUAA